AUGACAACAUAAUCUGGCCCGUUUUCCACUCCAGCUUUUAUUAUUAAGCUUUACGAUAUUUUAGAUGAAUAAGUAGGCCUGUUUAUUUAUAUGAUCCCUAGGUGUAGUUUAACUAGAUUAUUAAAUGGAGCGAUGAUGGAGAAUAUUUUAUUGUAUUAUAACCAAAAUUGAUGGAGAACGAAAUCCUCUUGCAAUAUUUCAAACAUAAUCAUUAUCAAUCCUUUCUAAGGUAACUCAACAUGUAUGAAUUUAUCAAAGCCAGAAACUCAGAAAAUUAUGAGAUAUUUAGUCACCCCUUCUUCAAAAGAGGCAACAAGUAAGAUAAUAUUAAUGUUUUAGGAAACAAUUGUCAUUGAUCAAACGCAAUCCCAUUAAAACCAAAUGCAAAGUCAAGAAAGAAUUGAAGUCAGCUGUAAAAUAAUAUGAUUUUUAAAAAUAAAUGGAUUCAGAAUUAUUAUUUUUAAAACAAAGACAAACCAAAUUUGAAACACAAUUCUAAGAAAUAAUCUCAUAGAAUGAAUAAAUUAUGGAUUAACAUAAACAAAUUUGGUAGGAACUAGGCAAUUCUAAAAAAACACUUGAUGUUAAAAUCGAUAGAAUCAGUUAUUUGCUUAGUUUUAUAAUCCAAUAAUAAGGGAUCAAUAACCAGGACUCCAUCGAAAUGCUCAAUUAGAUUUAAUGUAAACCAAAGUAAGAAUAUUAACCAGUGGAAUCUUUAUCUCCCCUUUUAAAAAUGAUGUAGAAUCAAAUGACCUGGAACUUAAAAGUACCAACUCAGAUGGGUACUUUUAGUCCCUUGUAUAAUAAUGAUUAAGGUAUGAUAACUCAAUAAAUUAACAUUAUAGCUUAUUCACCUUUAGCCAUUAGAAGCCAAGAAAGUCUUGAUAGUUACUAAAGUUUAAGUCCCUUCUACUAAUAAUUCAAAGAGUAGUGAUCAUAU